AUGUCACUUCCUGAAAGAGAUUCUGAAGAAAUUCUUCCUAUUACUUUUAGCUCCUAUGAAGAGUAUUGUGACGAACUUAAUAAUUUUCUUAGUCAAUACGAAUAUCUAUUUGUAGGUAAUACUUAUGAUGAAAAUCAUGAACUAUUAUCUGUCACUAAAAGCGUUCACUGGAUGAUAACUGACCAUUAUCAUAAUCUUCCAACUGAAUGGAUAAAAGAAUAUUAUGAACCAUUAGAACAUUAUCUUAAAAGUCAUCCUGAACAUUCAAAAGAGGUUUAUUGUUAUAUGAUGAAUAUAACAACUGAUGUCAUGCCAUCAGUUAUUCUUCCAUCAAAAAUUGAUAAAGAUAUAGUAAAUUAUUUGACUUCUAAUUAUCCUUUACCUGUCUCCCUUCAACAAUUUAUUGAUAAUUGUAGAAAAUUAACACCAACAUUUAAAAUUGCUGAAAUGGACCGAAUUCAAGACCCAACUACAAAUAGUUGGUUUGUUGUUGAUUUAAAAGGAAAUUCUCAACCAAUUGAUUUAUGUUUAAUGAAACAAAAGAAAAAGUAUGAAAUUAAAUUACUUGGAAAUGAGAUUAUUGAAAUAGCAAAGAAACAAGGAAUUUCUACAGUAGUUGAUGUUGGUUGUGGUAAAGGUUAUUUAACUGAAUACAUAGUUUUAAACUCAAACCUUCGUGUUGUUGGAAUUGAAGGUAAUGCCGAAUUCACUUCAAAAAUGGAAGUUAGAGUUAAUGACGUUGAACGUAAACGUGCUUCAGGUCAACAAAUUGCUCGUGCAGAAGGUUAUACUGCAUUCUUAACUGCUCAAACUACUCCAGAAGAGUUUAAAUCAAUAGCUAAAUUAAAAGAUGAAAAAGUAAUGUUAACUGGACUUCAUCCAUGUGGAGAUUUAACACCAACACUUAUGAGAUUUUUUAAAGCAAUUCCACAAAUUAAAACAGUUUGUAUGGUUGGGUGUUGUUAUCACAAAUUAACAGAAAACCCAAAAUCAUUAUCAACACAUUUUAAUCAAACUCAAAAUGCAAUUAUUAAAGAAGCAGAUAAAUAUGGAUUUCCAAUGAGUCAACAUUUACUUCAAGGUGAACAUAAAAUUAAAUUUCAUUUAUCACAAUCUUAUGUUACUUCUAAUCCACACCCACAAUCUAAAACAAGGGAUGAAUGGUUAUAUGCAAUGAAGAUGCAAUCUUAUCGUGCUGCCUUAGAACUUUUUAUUCAUAACCAUCUCCCUAGUUAUGUUGAAGUUCAUUAUACUGGCGCAAUUCGAGAACAAUAUUCAAAAUCAUUUGGUGCAUAUUUGGUUCGAGCACUACAAAACAUUAGACGACAUGCAUACACCUUUACUUUUAAAAACCCAAAUUAUAAAGAUGUAUUGAUUCAAUGGGUUGAUGAAUUUCUUAAAACACCUGAUGCUAUUCAACAAUGCAAUGAAUGGUAUAAGUCUAUAGGAGCAUGUGAUGAAAUUCUUUUCCAAUGUAUUCCAUUCAUUUUAUUGCAAGCACGACUUUCUCAAGUUCUUGAAGGGUUUGUAUGGGCUGAUAGAGUCUUAUUUAUGAAAGAGUUUUGUUCUUCUGUUAGUUGUAGAAGAUUGUUUCAUCCAUUUAUUUCACCACGAGGUAUUCUUCUUAUCGCACAUAAAUAA